AUGGCGGUGUUCUCUGCGACUACAGUCCAAGUUCCUUGGUUCCUGUUUUCGACAGUUGGUGCUACUACCCAGCUCCAUUUCUUCGCCAAUGCAUCUUUCGUUGCCUAUGGAGCUUGCUGCUUCGUUCGCACGGAAUCGGCGGAAGGUAUACGAGUCCAGCUCUUGACAUCGAAGUCAAAAGUCGCGCCGCUAUCCACGCACCACUCCAUCGCAAGACUAGAGCUCUGUGCAGCACAUCUGGCAACUCAGCUCUUCAAGAAGGUGGAUGCCUCGCUGAAGACCACCACCACCGCCUAUUUCUGGUCCGAUUCCAGCACCGUACUUCAAUGGCUGCGUGCCGUUCCAACCCACUGGAAAACAUUUGUCGCUAACCGCGUGUCGAAGAUCCAGGCCACCACAAGUAUAGACCACUGGAGGCACAUAGCUGGUUCCGAAAAUCCUGCCGACGAUAUUUCGCGCGGCCUCAAUCCAACGGACAUUAUCAACUGUUCCCGUUGGUGGCAUGGCCCUUCCUGGCUCGCACUGUCACCUGAAUACUGGCCCAAGACCGUCAUCGACCAGGAGAAUUCCCCGGCAGCGUCCGAAGAAGGGCGCAAAGCACCGAUUGUGGCAAUGACCGCCGCACAAGCAGAUUUCUGUGGAGAUCUGUUUUCUCGUUACUCUCGCUACAACAAGUUACGUCGUGUGGUUGCAUUCUGCGGCCGCUAUAUCCAGCGAUUGAAGAAGCGCAUAGAGUUGCGCAGUUCCGGAUCAUCUCUUCCUCCGUUGGCCAUUAGUAUCCGAUCCAUCUCAACGUCCAUCGUACCACUCACCACUUCCGAGCUCCAGCACGCUGAAUACCUACUCUGCCGUUUAGCGCAGAAGGAAACAUUUGCUGAGGAGUUGUCGGAUCUUUCGAAUGGCGAACGUGUCGCCAAGUCAUCAUCGCUGAAGUGGCUGAAACCGUUCGUGGAUGAAGACGGUACUCUUCGCGUCGGUGGUCGCCUACGUAACGCCGCACUAUCCGUCGCAAACAAGCACCCGAUCGUUCUGUCUGCCAAACAUCCGCUGUCUGCUCUGCUGGCUAGCAGUUGUCACAUUAGCCUACUGCACGGAGGGCCACAACUCCUGCUAGCCACUCUCCGUCAGAAGUUCUGGAUCCUUGGCGGCAGAAAUCUUGUCAAGUCCGUUUUUCACCAAUGCCACACUUGUUUCCGAUCCAAGCCCACUCUAGUCCAGCAGAGCACAGCCGAUCUGCCGGUAUCGCGAGUGUCGCCGACGCGUCCGUUCUCCGUUUGCGGUGUCGACUAUUGUGGGCCAUUUUACGUGAAGUCAGCAGUACGAACCCGUGGCCCCACGAAAGUCUACGUGGCCAUAUUCGUUUGUUUCUCGACCAAGGCGGUCCACAUCGAGUUAGUGAGCGAUUUAUCGACUCCAGCGUUCCUAGCUGCACUCCGUCGUUUAGUCGCCCGCAGAGGAAGGAUCGUCGAACUCCAUUCGGACAACGCCACUACCUUCAAAGGAGCUUCGCAUGCACUCAACCGAGUCUAUCGCAUGUUGAAGACUGAAGCCGCCGAUCGAAACCAAAUUUUCGACUGGUGCUCCGGAAACGAAAUCAUCUGGAAGUUUAUUCCACCGCGAGCACCACACUUCGGAGGCCUCUGGGAGGCCGCAGUCAAAUCGGCGAAGAAUCAUUUGCUGAAGAUAGUCGGCAACGUCAAUCUUGCCUACGAGGAUCUACUGACCUUGUUGGCACAAGUCGAGAUGUGUCUGAAUUCUCGGCCCCUGACACCGAUACCGGAGGACCCAACCGACCUAGACGUCUUGACCCCAGGACACUUCCUUGUCGGAAGCAACCUCCAAGCGGUUCCUGAAUCCAACUGGAAGGAGACCGCCGACAACCGUUUGGACCACUGGGAUCGCACCCAGAAGCAUCUGCAGCAGAUCUGGUCUCGCUGGUACCCCGAGUACUUGCAACAACUGCAGUCCCGUGCAACUAAAGGUUGCAAUCCGCCCGUCACCAUCGAGGUGGGCGCCAUCGUCAUCAUCAAGGAGGACAACGUUCCGCCAGCAAACUGGCCGCUGGGAAAAAUUGUCAAGCUCCACCCAGGAAAGGAUGGCGUCGUCCGUGUGGUAACCCUGAAAACAGCGAACGCCAACGAAGUGGUGCGCGCCGUAGCUCGCAUUGCACUGCUUCCGACACCAAGAUCAACAUAA